UUGGUGUUUUUCAAGGCCUAUGCUGGUAAAUUGGUAAUGGACAUAGAACCCUACCGGUAGCAGCUGCCCACAGGUCGUAAGGUAGGUGCCAGUAGGUGGGAUCGUAGUUUAGGUGGGUGAAUGUCGGAGAGUGAGACGGCGGGGGUGCUUUCGCACGAGAGUGCUGGAGACAGUGGCACGGAGGCGUGUCGGAGGGAUCCCGGCCGACUGUGGCAAAGAGUAGAGGGCGGAAGGAUGAGUUCCGAAAGGCCGGACUUGACAACUACUAGAUCCGUCAUGGCUGACGGUUAUGAUCCACCGUUUGUCAUUCCGUUAGGCCCUGGCGAAGUACCGUUAGCUCUGGACGGCCGGGAUGCCGGCACUCCCGAUGAAUGGGUCGCUCGUCAUUCCGAUCUAAUCCGUUUGACCGGUCGACACCCGUUUAAUUCAGAAUCACCUCUCCCUCGUCUGCUUAGGUACGGAUUCAUCACUCCCUCUUCUCUGCACUACGUGCGCAAUCACGGCCACGUGCCUCGUGGAGAAUGGGACACGUGGCGCAUCGAGAUUCGAGGGGGGGCAGUGUCCUCCCCCACUUUUUUGACGAUGGAUGAUAUCGCUACGAAGUUCCCGCCAAGGACUUUGCCUGUGACUCUCGUUUGCGCGGGAAAUAGACGUAAGGAGGCCAAUAUGGUCAAGCAAACGAUCGGGUUUAAUUGGGGUGCGGCCGGUUUGAGCACCGCGGUCUGGAAGGGAGCCCGAUUGAGAGAUGUGCUCAAUUGCUGCGGCGCUGAUCUGUCCACGGAAGGAGCUGCCGGCAGGCAUGUGCGUUUCGAAGGUGCGGAGCUUCUGCCAGAAGACGGUGGGACCACGUACGGAACCAGCUUGAAGUUCCACGUGGCGAUUGACGAGGCCUCCGACGUGCUCUUGGCGUACGAGAUGAACGGGGAGAAACUACCUCCCGAUCAUGGGUAUCCACUUCGGCUAAUUGUGCCCGGGCACAUCGGCGGGAGGAUGGUGAAAUGGCUCAGGCGGGUCGAGGUAUCAGAGAAGGAAAGCAGUAAUUACUAUCACUUGCAUGACAACAAGGUGUUGCCGACGCACGUGGACGCGGGCAGAGCAAAAUCCGAAGGUGAGUGGCUGAGGGCCUGAGGCAAGACCUGCACUUACCUCUCUAUGUAAGCAAAGUCAGCGAAAUGUGAAGGUGAGUGCACGGUGGAGUGCACGGGGUCU